GAAGUCAUCGUGACAAGACCUGCAACGCGCGUGGAUCCAUCUGGUGUGCCUAUUUUGUUGCCUUUUCUGAUUCAGUAACCUUUAUCUUACAAGCACCAAAAUGCCGACUUACCACAAACCGGAAGCCAAGACCAUCCAGGAGCUGAAGGAUAUCGCCCACAAGCUGCGUAUCGAUUCGAUUAACGCAACGCAGGCUUCGAAAUCGGGCCAUCCGACGUCAUGUGCUUCGAUCGCGGAAAUCAUGUCGGUGCUGUUCUUCAACACGAUGCGUUACAAAAUCUCUGCUCCCCGCGAUGCUUCGUCGGAUCGGUUUAUCUUGUCGAAGGGUCACGCUGCGCCGAUCCUGUAUGCGGCCUGGGCCGAAGCUGGCCUGUUCCCCGUGGAGGAUCUGAUGAAUCUGCGCAAGAUCGACUCGGAUCUCGAGGGUCACCCGACGCCUAGACUGAACUUCAUCGACGUCGGUACUGGCUCGCUCGGCCAGGGUGUAGCGGUCGCAUGCGGUAUGGCGUACGUGGGCAAGAACAUUGACCAAGCCGACUACCGGACGUACGUGCUGGUAGGCGAUGGCGAAUCGGCCGAGGGUUCGAUCUGGGAAUCGCUGCACUUUGCCGGCUACUACAAACUGAGCAAUCUGUGCGUUAUCUUUGAUGUGAACCGGCUUGGUCAGUCGGAGCCGACCUCGCUGCAGCAUCAGAUGGAGGUGUACCGCAAGCGGCUGGAUGCGUUCGGCUUCAAUGCGAUCGUUGUCGACGGUCACGACGUGGAGGAGCUCUGCAAGGCGUUCUUUGAAGCAUCCUGUACCACCGACCGCCCAACGGCGAUCAUUGCUAAGACGUUCAAGGGCAAACACUUCCCCAAUAUCGAGGAUCUCGAAAACUGGCACGGCAAACCACUGGGCGACGCAGCUGCCGGAGUCGUCGAGCAUCUGAAGAAACUGAUCCGCAACUCGGGUCCGAUCACAGUGGCCCCUGCAUCACCGCAAAAGGAAAACGCACCGAAGGUGAGCAUCAAGAACAUCCAGCUGGCCACUCCACCUGCCUAUCAGAAGGGCGAGGAGAUCGCCACGCGCCUCGCGUACGGUACCGCGCUGGCAAAGAUCGCCAUGAACAACGACCGUGUGAUCGCCCUGGAUGGCGAUACGAAGAACUCGACCUACUCGGACAAACUGCGCAAGGCGUUCCCGGAGCGAUUCAUCGAGUGUUUCAUCGCCGAGCAGAAUCUUGUCGGCGUUGCGAUCGGUGCUGCCUGUCGCGAUCGUACCGUGGCGUUUGUGUCCACCUUUGCGACGUUCUUCACCCGCGCCUUUGAUCAGAUCCGCAUGGGUGCCAUCUCGCAGACGAACGUGAACUUUGUUGGCUCGCACUGCGGUGUCAGCAUCGGUGAGGAUGGUCCGAGCCAGAUGGGUCUGGAGGACAUCGCUAUGUUCCGUACGAUCCCGGGAAGCACCGUGUUCUAUCCGGCCGACGCUGUUAGCACGGAGCGAGCAGUUGAGAUGGCUGCCAACACGCCCGGAGUGUGCUUCAUUCGUACCUCGCGCCCCAAUACUGCUGUUAUCUACGAGAAUAACGAAAAGUUCGAGAUUGGUCGCUGCAAGGUAGUGAAGCAAAAUGAAAACGACUCCGUGCUACUCAUCGGUGCCGGUAUUACGCUCUACGAAGCGCUAAAGGCUGCUGGCGAGCUGGAAAAGAGCGGCAUCCACUGUCGCGUCAUUGAUCCGUUCACCGUCAAACCGCUGGACAAGGAAGGAAUCGUCAAGCACGGAACCCAGUGCGGUGGACGUGUUGUCGUCGUUGAAGAUCAUUACAAACAAGGUGGAUUGGGUGAAGCCGUUCUCUCGGCGCUGGCCGACCAGAGGAACUUUGUCGUGAAGCACUUGGGUGUCGAGCAGCUGCCGCGUUCGGGCCCACCGUCCGUGCUGGUCGAUAUGUUUGGUAUUUCGGCACGUUCUGUUGCCGCCGCGGUGCAUGAAAUCAUAAAGAUGUAAAUCACGCCCGCGUGCUUCCCGCUUCAGCCAAAAUUAUCCUUCAGGGGAAGCAUUCCCACAAGGAGACAAAUUUCCCUCCUCGGUUGACUGCGAGCACAAGAUGAUUCUCAUUGGACCAUUAUGUUUUUUUCUCUAUUUUUCUUUACUUCCUUAUUAUUUUUCCUCUGUUGCUUCUCCGUGGGCUGCUUGGGUGUUUGGGUAUUGAAUAGAUCACGUGUUAAAAUAUGAGUAACAAGGUUACACCGCUGUUAAAAUCCUCUCUAAAUUUCUCAAUGUCAUUGUACAAUCCACUGGCCCAACCAUAUCAUCCGGUACGGGAGACCGUCGUGUUGGUCGGCUUGCAAUGGUAGCAUUUGCGCUAAAGUCCGUUUAAUAAAUACACAAAAAUAUGACGAACUAA